AUGGCAGAGAGAUCAACUAACACUGAUCCACCAGGACUGGACACUGUUAAAGAAUUUAAAGUGCAACCUGUACUGGAUGGCAAAACAGCACCUGGUUUUCUGAAAAUCAAAGGCAAAACAGUCACGUGUGAAGACCCAAACAAAAUGGCUGCUCAGGGAACCCAGCAUCCUCACGUUCUGUGUAAAGAGAGACUCAACACACACCAGCACUACUGGGAGGUGGCGGAAACAAAGAAGCAGGCCCUGCAGAAGUUGCAGUCCUGGUAUGUGGGAGUGUGUACAUCCACUACAGCAGAGAGUAAAGUCAAACUUGAUCUAACUCCAGAAAAUGGCUACUGGAUCCUUCAAUAUAAGAAAGGAACAGGAUUCUCCACCAAUGCUGAAUCAACUGCUUUAACAGUAACAACAGAUGUCAAAAUACUAGGAGUGUAUUUAGACUGCUCAACGUUCAACCUCACUGUACCUCAACAAACAAUAUCUGAAUUGGACUCCUCUGUAAUUCUGCCAUGCCAGCUGUAUCCCCACCUUAACGCAGAAUCCUACCGCAUCCAAUGGCACAGAGUUGAUGAAGACGAAACUACAGUACUGCUAUACGAGGGUCAGGAGGUCAAAGAAGCAAACGCUGCCCCUCAGUACAGGGGCAGAGCAUCUCUGGUAGGGGACCUGACGAAGGGGGAUGUGUCCUUGAAACUGGAGAACCUCACGCUAGCAGAUAGAGGAGUGUAUGUGUGUUUCGUCAAGAGCGAGACCUGGUAUGAGAGAGCUAGGGGAACACUGGACAUGACAGUUGUAGGUUCGAUCCCUGUGAUGUCAUAUAUGGAAGCUAGUGACAAACAAAUGAAUGUAACCUGUGAGUCUGAUGGUUGGUCUACUCGUCCGACACUCACCUGGAGAGACAAACUGGGAGUUGACAUAAAAGACAGCCAUGCCCCCGAAUACAUAAUUGAUGCUGCAGGUCUGGUAAUAGUGAGGUCGUGGAUAAUGGUCUCAGCCUCUACAUCAGAGUGGAUCUCCUGCUCUGUGUACCUGUCUGAUCAGGAGAUGAGAGAGAGCAGAAUGCUACCCAAGAUCCCCAGAAUAGACACAGUUACCCCAGACACAUCUGGUCCGUGGAAAGCUGCCUUCAUCACAGUGCUCAUUCUGGCACUGCUGUGUCUGGGCCUGCUGUUUCUGGCAUACAAGAAAGGGCGUAUUUCAAUUUCCAAGAAAGAUAUUGGAGUCAGGCCUGAAUGCACCGGAACAGAAGGUGAUGGGAAGGACACUAACAGAGAAGAGACAGUCCCACUCAAAGUAGCUCGACGUGUUCCUUUUAAACCAAAACCACAAAUGGCAGAGAGAUCAACUAACACUGAUCCACCUGAAACGUCAGAGAAGUCAACAACAACCGAGGCACAAAUAAUAAGAAUACCAGGACUGGACACUGUUAAAGGAUAUAAAGUGGAACCAACACUGGAUGACAAAACAGCUCCUGGUUUCCUGAAGGUCAAAGGCAAAUCAGUCACGUGUAAAGACCCAGACAAAAUGGCUGCUCAGGGAACCCAGCAUCCUCAUGUUCUGUGUAAAGAGAGACUCAACUCACACCAGCACUACUGGGAGGUGAUGGACAAUAAAAUUGCUAUGAAUAUGCAGGCCCUGCAAAAGUGGCAGUCCUGGUAUGUGGGAGUGUGCACAACCAAGGCAGCAGCAAGCAAGGUCAAACUUCCUCUGACUCCAGAAAAUGGCUACUGGGUUCUUCAGUAUCAGAAAGGAACUGGAUUCUCCACCAAUGCUGAAUCAACUGCUUUAUCAGUAACAACAGAUUUCAAAGUACUGGGAGUGUAUUUAGACUGUGACAAACACACAUUAUCAUUUUAUAGUGCUAGUGAUAAAAGCCACAUUUGUACUCUCUUUAACAUUCCUCCACUGAAGACAUUCAUUCCAGUAGUCUGCCCUGGUGUGAAAGACGGAGAUAGUAUGUACAUUGGCAUCACAUAACCAUGCCAUGGACCAUCAGUAUGAGAGUAUGUAGCCUACUGUAUAAAUUAUAUAGGCCUAUAUAUAUUGGAGUUUAUUUCCAUAAUGUAUGCUGCCCAUUCACAAAUGUUAUCUUUUUCAUAUUUACGACCAUCAAGUAUUCAUUAUGACUGAGAAAAUUGUAGGUCUACUCUUCAUACAUGAAAGGAUGGA